AUGAUCGAUGACGACACUGGGGAUACAGUGGACGAAUUCCAAAAUAUCGAAUCAAGCUCCUUCACAUGGACACCAGAGCUGGGCGAGAGUAGGAGGCUCUUGCUGUUUGCUCAAGUAUUGGACGUCAAUGACAACGACGACGAAACCGAAGACUUCGUAGUGCAGGCGGCAUCCUGUACAACAAGUAGCAGUUCGGUCUCCUCCAUCACACUUCAGAGCACCGCUGUGUCUUCCACCACCAUAACGGUCACUGCGUCCGCUUCACCGCCUCCAGCAGGCAUAUCCUCACCAACUUCUGUGGCGGCCACAUCACACCCCACCCAAUCCUCAUCCACACUUCAGACCCCCAGUUCACACGAGACGUCAGCGCCCUCCACCAGUCUCCUAUCCUCGUCAAGCAUCUUGUCUGCAAAUAGCGGUUCGACUAUCACUUCUACGACUACGGCUACUGUCGGCCCAUUCACCUUUUCUUGGACUGGUGGCACAGCCCCCUUCGCGCUUUUCAUGAUCGAUGACGACACUGGGGAUACAGUGGACGAAUUCCAAAAUAUCGAAUCAAGCUCCUUCACAUGGACACCAGAGCUGGGCGAGAGUAGGAGGCUCUUGCUGUUUGCUCAAGUAUUGGACGUCAAUGACAACGACGACGAAACCGAAGACUUCGUAGUGCAGGCGGCAUCCUGUACAACAAGUAGCAGUUCGGUCUCCUCCAUCACACUUCAGAGCACCGCUGUGUCUUCCACCACCAUAACGGUCACUGCGUCCGCUUCACCGCCUCCAGCAGGCAUAUCCUCACCAACUUCUGUGGCGGCCACAUCACACCCCACCCAAUCCUCAUCCACACUUCAGACCCCCAGUUCACACGAGACGUCAGCGCCCUCCACCAGUCUCCUAUCCUCGUCAAGCAUCUUGUCUGCAAAUAGCGGUUCGACUAUCACUUCUACGACUACGGCUACUGUCGGGUCAGUUAAUGGGUUCACCUCGUUUCCCGAUAGCAAAGCCCCGUCCACGUCAAUGUUACCCUCUCCAUCAACUUCUAAAGCACCUUCUCGAGCGGGCGAAAUUGCGGGCAUUGUACUGGGAGCAUUGGCUCUACUGUGCAUGUUGAUCAUUUUCGUGAUUUGGAGACGGGCGACCCGAAGAUCCUCGCCGAAUGCACACUCAGCUGAAGAAAAGUCAAUAGAUGUUAGCUCCUCGCACCCUGAAUGGAACAACCCCUCACAAUAUUCUAAGGCUACGAUGCUCCUUCAGGCUUACCCCAGGACAUCGCGCAUGGCAUCUACAGGAUUGUCUGAAGGAUCCACUCUCUUGGAUGACGAUAGGAGUGGUAUCUUACCGAGAGGUAGUAACCCUUCUAGCGUAGCAGUUGAGCCAUCGGCGAGCGACUGCCCUAUUAGGUCUCUAUCCCAGCAUUUGCCUCGUCCCCAUAGCAACGUCGACAAGGGCGCUAACACUAACGGCAUCGAAUUCGAAGCAUCGACGUCUCUGACAGAUAUGGAUAGGGUUGCACGAGGGGCGGAGGAGCGUCCAUCUGUGUAUGUUGAUGAAAGCAAGAUGAGGUCAGUCGCGAAUAUGGAAGGAGAUGCAAUAUGGGACCGGACGGCGCGUAUGACAAGAACUGAGAGCGAUGGUGGAAUACGUCUUGCGGGUGGCCCUCAGGACAUCAUGGAUGCCUUUGACGAUGGCGCGACUUCCACACUCCCUCCACCGUAUCAUCGUUAUGAGGUCUGA